AUGCAGAUAUUUUCAUUGUGGGCUGCGAGCCCCCGAAAGUUGGGUGGUCUCGGGUACUCAACAACAGAUGUGGGAGAAGUUCUCACUGUCUUAGGUCUAGGCCUUCUUCUUGUCCAACUUUCUCUAUAUCCAUACAUGGAGAAGCGUCUUGGACCUGUCAUGGUGUCCCGUCUUGCUGGGGCUUUGACCAUCCCGUUGUUGGCAAGUUACCCUUUCCUGUUAAAGUUCGAGGGUUUUACUCUCACUCUACUGUUGAAUUGUGCAUCUCUGUUGAACAAUAUUCUAGCGGUAAGUUAA